CCCAUAACUAAUUCUUGAGUCACAGUGCAGCAAUCAGUGUCUCUCUUCUCACUCAACACUAUUAUAUAGCUAGGUCUAUGGCCCUCGGGAUAUCUAGCCACAUGCACUGUCCCACGUUCUAACUUCACCCAAAAAAACACCAAACUUAUUUGGCUUGUGUUUGUUUAGGCAUGGGAGAUCAUGGCUGUAGUGGUAACCUUCCUCCGGGAUUUGUUUUCAGCCCAACCGAUGAAGAACUUGUCCUUCACUUUCUUCAUCGCAAGGCCUCACUCUUACCUUGCAACCCUGACAUCAUUCCUGAUCUUGGUCUCUAUCCCCAUGAUCCCUGGCAACUUGAAGGCAAGGCUUUGUCCAGUGGAAACCAGUGGUACUACUUUAGUCGAGUGAUGGAGAACCAAGUCACAGAAAAUGGGUUUUGGAAGUCAUUAGAUACUGAAGAACCUAUAUUUAGUAGUGCUGGUAAGAAGGUUGGAUUAAAGAAAUGCCUUGUGUAUUGCAUUGGUGCUGACGGUGUAGAAACAAGCUGGAUGAUGCAGGAAUAUCAUCUUUGCAACAGUAAAUUGAGCGGCACAUCUUACAAGAGAAAGAAAAAACUAGAUUGUCAUCAAUGGAUCCUGUGUCGAGUCUAUGAAAGGGAGGGAAGUUGCAUCCAAAACGCCGGCAAUACCACUGAUGAUGACGACGGGACUGAACUUUCAUGUCUAGAUGAGAUGUUCUUAUCAAUGGAUGAUGAUCUUGAUGAUAUAAGUUUUCCAAAUUAGUUUCAGUAUAUUGUUUCAACUUAUAUUAAUGAAUCAUGUGUAUAAACAUGUGAAUCUU